UAAUAAUUGCUUUUCUUGUUUUAUAUACCCAGCGAGCACAUCGUUCGUCGUGCCGUCUACCGCCUGCACCUCCUCCAUCUUCUUCCAUCACUCUUCCUUCCGUUUCCAAAAACCAGAAAACCCUAACUUUUUCCUUCGUUCCUCAGUUAUCUCACACCAGAGUGGCCUCCGUCACCCCUUUGUUACUUCCUCCAUUCGAGAUUCCUUGCUCGCCAGGGCUCUCGUUUUUUUCAAAUGCUAUUCCCCAGCGGCUGCCAUUGUUUACGGGUCCGAACAGUGUUUGUCGAGGAUCAAAAACCUGGAAGCUAAAUAAUCUCCCCCUGUCGUCAUCGUCCAUCGCGUCAACUCCUCUUGUAGUCAAACUUUGGAAUCUCCACUCAGUAAAAUUCUGUAAACACCAAUCCUUCUCUUGGGGGAGCUGAAUUACAAACUGAGAGUACUUAUCAAUCACUAAGUAGAGGAAACUUAAGUUGUUGGUUAGAGACAAUGAAAUCGCAGCAUAAAAGGCAAGCUGAUAGUUCCAACUUGUCUUCAAAGAGAAUAGCAAAGAUGAAGAGUGCUGUUCCCCCAGUAAGGCGCUCUGAACGUUUACAAAAUGUUUUUAUUUCUUCUCAUGCAAAAGACAUUCAACAUGUGAUUAAUGAGGUAACUCUUAGUGAAAGUGAGGAACCUCCUCUUCAGGAGGGAGAACCAAUGGAAUCUUUGGAAGAAAAAGUUAACUAUCUUUUACAAAAAUCCAUAGAACAUCAAGAGAUCAUAGAAGAAUUUAAGUUUAAGGUAACUCGGGAUUCUGUGUUUUGUAAAAGUCCAUCUGCAGCGGAUACCAGAUACAAAAAAUUGUAUAUUAACUCUCAGAAGAAGGUUGAGUCCUUAAAAGAUGAAAAUCGUGAGUUGGCUUUGAAGUUAGAGGCUGCACUCGCCAAAGUAGAAGCAGUUGAGUCUUUAAAAAAUGAAAAUUAUAGGCUGACUUUGAAGUUAGACACUACACUCGCCAAACUAGAAGCAUGUGAGAAAGGUGCUACUAAUGUUCCUGAAGUUCUGGAGAAAGUAAAGGAUAUGAUGGUGGUUUCUCAUCUGACAAGUGCAGUAGGAAAUGUUGAGAUUUUCGAACUUGAGAAAUUGAAAAAUACAAUGAAAAGAGCAGCAGAAACUGCUGUGAAUGUUUCUUAUCAAGCAAUGCAAGAUGCUAUUGUUCCACCGGCUCCUGGUGUUCUAACCAGAUUAUCUUCUGCCAAGAGAAAAAGACAUGAAGAAAGUAAAAGGGUCUGAUGGCCUUAUUUCCUCAGCUACCACUUCAGGAUUCGGGACUGUCUUUUUCUUUUAAUGAACUCAUACGAUGUUCAUAUUUUGUCAAAAAUAUUGGUGUCUGUAGUCAGGAUGUUAACAAGGUAUUUAGUAAUGUUCUAAUGGUUUUGCCAUUUUAUUCUUAGGUAGCACUUAGUGUCUAGUUGCAUGUAUAAUUCCUCCUCCUACCUUCCCUGUUCCAAAAUUUGUUAAUCUUAAAGAUUCAAAUGCUCUGGAAACUAACUAAUUAUUCAGAAUAUGUGGUGUCUAUGCAAA